AUGGAUGCAAAAAAAUCAGAUCCCAAAGCCUCGAUUCUAAAAAGUGGAGGCACUGCAAAGUCUAAGAGUAGCGAAGAAGAACACAAGGAAGCACUGAAGAAGGAAAUCUCUUUCCCAGAUACUGAUGAGUCCUUGGUGCACAAAACAGAGUCAGAGAGAAAAGCAAAAGACACUGAUAUGGACACAGGGAAGAUAGACAUGGAGGCCGAGGUAAAGGAGAGUGUCAUGGGAAUGCCAAAAAGCGAGGAAGCCCAGGUAAAGAAAAGAGAGGCCGGAAUACCACAAGGACAAGCAUCCCAAGUAAAGGAGAGCGAGGUGGAAACACCACAAGGCCAAGCAUCCCAAGUGGAGGAGAGUGAGGCCAGAACACCAAAAGCACCACGAGCGAAAGUAAAGAAGGGCGAGGCCAAAACACCCAAAGGACCAAAAGCGAAAGUAAAGAGUGAGGGUGGGACGCCACCCGGGCAAAAAUCUCACGAAGAAACUGAGGGUUCUGCAGCUAAAGGAAACCAGGUCAAAGAAAAGGAAGAUGAAGCAAAGACCAAAGAUACCGAAAAAACUGAUGUCCAAAACAAGAAAAGUGGUGAAGGGAAGGACCAAGUUAAAGGAAAGGAAGAACCACCAGUCAAGCGUAAAAAAGCAAAAGCAAAAAAGGACGCAGGCAAUUAA